UGAAUACAUCGUAGCUACUUGAUGAACAUCUUUUCCGCAUUCAAAAGCAAGUCCUCAAGAGCGCACGCAGAAUGCACACGGGGACCCAGAGAACAUUUCGCUCGCGGUGGAACUAAACUUGCAGAGUGGACAAGAGAAUAAUUCGUCCACCACGAACUCGUCUCUAGAAUACGUCCAUUCUAUAUUUGGAGACAACCGGUAUACGUUUGCCUACAACAGGUUGUGUCGUGGACCUGGACUGUAAUGUAUGAUUUGUUCUUAUUGUUCGGAUGUACUGUAUGCUCUCUCUCGGAUGGGUAUUUCUUGCAUGCCACAGAGGUUUGCAGUAGCUGGAGGGACGGUUGCAGACUGGAAACAUGUUCAACAGACCCUCAUUGUGCUCGGUUAGUUAAUGACUGAUUUUUCAUGAUUGGGUCUCUGUUUGAAGAGAGGUUGUUGAGGACCUGUUUGGCUGAAUAGUGAGGAACACACUGACCCUAAGCUGGAGGAAGCAGGAAGGGAUGCAGGGAUUGGAUGGACUUUGGCUGGUCUAUUGUUUUGAGAAGAACGCACCACAGUGAGCGAAUGGAUGCUUUUGUCUUUUGCCCUGCGAGCAACUGGAUCCUCUAGAUGUGGCCGCCACCCCACAUAUCAUCCUUUUAUCAUGCUGUCAGUCACACACGGACCAGGACUGUCAUCAGUUGUAUGUGAUGCACUGGCCUCUACCUGACAGUGGAGAGACGAGCAUUUAUUUCAGGCCUCUGACUGUGACAGCUCCAGUGGGUGGAGCUACAUUGGGCCCCUCUCUCUACCCGCUCAGCACUGAUGGGACAGAAUCCUGAAUCCUGGAGGAAUCCUUGACGACCCCUCUUUCUUUCUCCGCCCUCCCAGGCUCCACCCUCUUUCCCCUCCUCCUCUCCUCUUUCCUUAGACUCUCCUCCUCCCCCGGUCUCUUCUCUCAGCGCUGGGAUCAUUACUCAACCCCACUGAAGAAUGGAACACAGUAGCUGGCAAGGAUGAACUGGGUCUGCCUGCCAAUGCAGAAAGGGAGAUAAAAGAGAGGGAAAGAGAGAGUGAAAGAAAAGCGAGCGAGAGAAAGUUCUAAACCUGUGAGUGAAAGAAGAGGUACAUAUUAAAAAUGCCCUUGAGGGAGAAAAUCGACAACUGCACUUGAGCAGUAUGAGCUAGAAGACCUCAGCAAACCUGCCGACCUGGAAGUGUGGAUCAGUAGACACACACACACACACACACGUCUGUCUCAGUCGCAGCAGAAGACGGCUCCUACCCUGCCCUACACUGUGGGGUGGUGUUUUCAGCGUUAUUCGCUGCCUACCAUACCUGUGUGAGGAGUGGUGGAGAGGAAAUUCAGCAACUCUUAGAGGACUAUGGAAGUUGAUAGAAAUGCUUCUUUGUUAAAACCAGCGUGUUUCGGGCCGUAACCUUUUAUCAGGGUUUUAGUAGUGAACAGGUCACCACCACCAUGCCAGCUAAAGGAAAGUACCUGUUAAAUGACCAGGAGCUGAAACAUGAGGCCCUGUACAGGAAGUUCUCCUGUAUCAGCCAGUACCAGCCUCUGGUGCUGCUACUGGGCCUCUCCAUGCUGUCCUGCGGAGUCCUCAUCAUCCUCUUCUUCGCCCUGCACCUGAGUGUGGAGGAGCACUGUGCAUUUGUCAGCGUGGUGAGCUGCAGCCUGUGUGUGUUCCUGGCUGUGUUUGUGCUGGUGUGUACAGAGACCCUGACACAGCGCUGGAGGAGACUGCUGGGUCUGGUGGUCUGGGCCACUCACCUCACCAUGGGAUUCACCUUCAUCUUCAGCGGACCCCUCAUCCUGCCCUGGGACCAGGUUCCCUUCUUCCUGUUCAUCAUCUUCACAGUGUACACCAUGCUGCCAUUCCAGAUGUCCUAUGCUGUGGUGCUCAGUGUGAUCUCCUCACUCUCUCACAUCAUGGUCCUCACUCUACGCCUCACUGUCUUCAACACCCAAGAUCCCAGCCCCUUUCUGGCCAAUCAGCUGCUGUCCAAUGCGGUGGUGUUUCUGUGUGGCAGUGUGGUGGGGGCCUUCCAUAAGGUCCUGAUGGAGAGAGCACUAAGACAGACCUUCCAGGAUACACUCAGAUGUCUGGGCAUCCGCAUGAAGCUGGAGAUAGAAAAGAGACAACAGGAGAACCUGCUGCAGUCUGUGCUGCCGGUCUACAUCUCCAUGAAGAUGAAGCUGGCCAUCAUGGAGCGUCUGCAAGACUGCAAGGACAAAGAAGAGCAGCAACGACUCGUCAAAGACAACAACUUCCACAGUCUCUACGUCAAGAGACACGAGAACGUCAGUAUUCUGUAUGCUGACAUUGUGGGCUUCACCCGAUUGGCCAGCGACUGCUCUCCGAAGGAGCUGGUCAUCAUGCUCAACGAGCUUUUUGGGAAGUUUGACCAGAUUGCAAAGGAGAACGAGUGCAUGAGAAUCAAGAUUUUGGGAGACUGCUACUACUGUGUGUCUGGCCUGCCUGUCUCCCUGCCCAUGCAUGCCAAGAACUGUGUGAAGAUGGGUCUGGACAUGUGUGAGGCCAUCAAACAGGUGCGCGAGGCCACAGGUGUGGACAUCAACAUGAGAGUGGGCGUUCACUCCGGCAACGUGCUCUGCGGUGUGAUUGGCCUCCGCAAGUGGCAGUUUGACGUUUGGUCACAUGACGUCACCCUGGCCAAUUAUAUGGAGUCUGGAGGCUUACCUGGGCGUGUCCACAUCACUGAGGCCACCCUGAAGCACCUGAACAAGGCCUAUGCGGUGGAGGAGGGGAACGGUGGGCUAAGAGAUGCCUACCUGAAGGAGCUCAACAUACAGACAUACCUUGUCAUCGAUCCUCGGUCUAAGAACCAGGCUCUGAACAGCCACAGCAUGCCCAAGCCGCGUGUGAAUGACGGGCUGAAGAUGCGGGCGUCAGUGAGAAUGACCCGUUACCUGGAGUCCUGGGGCGCCGUCAAACCCUUCGCCCACCUACAGAGCAGAGAGGGGUACACCACAGACACCAUGGUCAAUGGAAAAUCACGCUGCAAGGACAUCCCUCUGCGCACAGCUCACUCGAAGAUCACUGAGAGCUUUGAUGAGUCUGUAGAGGAGCCCUUCUCCUCACCCGUCCCUCCGCUCAGCACCUAUAAGAACAAGUCCCAGAAGAGCAAGUUUGAUGAGGAGCUGCACAAUGAGAUGACCACCACCAUCGAUGAGCUCAGCAGCAAGCAGUGGGUGAAGUCUGAGGAGAUUAGCAGUCUGGCUGUGUGGUUCCCUAAGAAAGAGCUGGAGAAACAGUACCGAGCCAUUGAUCUGCCCAUGUUCAAGCACUACAUCGGCUGUGCCACCUUCAUCUUCUUCUGCAUCUUUGUGGUUCAGAUGUUUGUGACAAAAGAUUCCAAAAUGUUGGGAAUGUCAUUUGGAGUGCUGGCCUGUGUCCUCCUGUUGACCUUGGGCAUCUGUUUCGCAGGUCACCUGCAGCGCUUGUUUCCGGAGAAGUUGUCGUCCUGCCAGUGGCUGCCUGCUGUGUCCGAGGCAGUGGUCAAGAGGCCAUGUGUGCGCCUCCCUCUGGUUACUAUCACCACUGCGGUCAUCAUCAUCCUAGCAGUCUUCAACCUGUGCUUCAUCCAGACGAAGUCACCGUGUGAUAUCAAUGGUAACCCUGAUCUGAUUCCAUCUGACAACUCCAGUGAGCAACAUCCAGACACCCUGUACUACCUGCCAUACUCUGUGUUCAGCUGUAUCCUGGCUCUCAUAGCUUGUGGAGUGUUCCUGAGGGUGAGCUUUGAGCUUAAAGUGGUCUUCCUCACCCUGGCCUCCACAGCCUACUACAUCAUCAUCCUCAGCGCCAAGGCUGGUCUCUUCAGCUGCUAUGGACAAAUGCUUUACAACCAACUCAAUGAAAACAGAACUGAGGACUCUGGGACCAUCCUGAGAGCGUUGGGGCUGGUCAAACACCCUGAGGUGAUGAGCUGUAUAUACAUCACCUUGUUCCUGGUCACCAUGCUCAUCAUCUCACAACAGAAUGAGUCAUGCUUCCGCCAGGACUUCCUUCUGAAGAACAAGAACCGUACGGAGCAGGAUGAGAUCGAGACCAGGGAGAACCUGAACCGCCUGCUCCUGGAGAACGUGCUGCCGGCCCAUGUGGCUGCGCUGUUUGUUGGGGAGAAUAAAAAGAACGAGGACCUGUACUACAAGUCAUAUGACUGUGUGUGUGUGAUGUUCGCCUCGGUACCGGACUUCAAAGAGUUCUACACGGAGUGUGACAUCAACAAGGAAGGCCUGGAGUGUCUGAGGCUCCUCAAUGAGAUCAUAGCAGAUUUUGAUGAGCUGCUCUCCAAGCCCAAGUUCAGUGGAGUUGAGAAGAUCAAGACCAUCGGAAGCACUUAUAUGGCAGCCGCAGGGCUGAGUGGCACCCCAGGACAGGAGAAUAACCAGGACCGAGAUAGGCAGCAGGCACAGAUAGGGAACAUGGUAGAGUUUGCCAUUGCCCUCAUUGGCAAGCUGGAUGGCAUCAACAGACACUCCUUCAACAGUUUUAGGCUGCGUGUGGGCAUUAACCAUGGGCCUGUCAUUGCUGGGGUGAUUGGAGCCAGAAAACCUCAGUAUGACAUCUGGGGCAACACCGUCAACGUGGCCAGUAGGAUGGAGAGCACUGGAGAGCUGGGCAAGAUUCAGGUCACAGAGGAGACGUCGGACGUGCUCCAGAAGCUGGGCUACUCCUGCGAGUGCCGAGGCCUCAUCAACGUCAAGGGAAAAGGCGAGCUGACAACCUUCUUUGUGUGUACGGACAUGAGCAAGCAGCAGGGAAUGGGCCUGAGCUGAGGUCUACGGUGAGCACACUACUGUGUGUGUGGACUCUGGGCCUGGUUGCUUAUACGUGUGCUGGGUCGGUUACAGGACACAGUCUAGCAUUCAGCACAGA